CUAAUUCAGUUUCAUAAAUCGACAGCGAGAGUUUAGACUUGCUCUCUGAACGCUAACAAUGGAUAGCUUUGGAGGAGAAAACCACAUUCCAAUAAUUGAUAUUAGUGAACUUGUUAGUAACAGCCCACGAAAAUGUGAUGUCGCUAAGCAAAUUAAUUCGGCAUGUCGAGAAUAUGGAUUUUUCUAUGUCACUAACCAUGGCGUCAGUGAACAAUUAGAAAACAGGCUGGAAAGUCUUAGUCGUCAAUUUUUUGCACAAUCGGUUGAAGUGAAAAGUAAAAUUCGAAUGGAUCUUGGUGGUCGUGCAUGGCGCGGCUAUUUUCCAGUGGGAGGAGAACUGACGUCCGGUCGACCGGAUAUGAAAGAAGGAAUUUAUUUUGGAGCUGAAUUGGAUGAAAUGCAUCCGCUGGUGCAACUUAAAACUCCAUUGCAUGGUUCAAAUCUUUUUCCCGAUAACAUUGCCAUGUUCAAGGAAACCGUUUUGGAGUACAUUGACGCAAUGAUACGUUUAGGACAUAUAAUUAUGGCAGGUGUUGCCUUAUCUCUUAACUUGCAUGAGAGCUAUUUUGCUGAACUGUAUACUAAGAAUCCGUUGCCUUUGUUUCGUAUUUUUAACUAUCCCGCCAGGAACAACAAUACUCAUGGUUGGGGCGUGGGUGAACAUACCGAUUAUGGCAUUCUAACUAUUUUAAAGCAAGACAAUCUUGGUGGAUUACAAGUGAAAUCUAAAUCGCGUUGGAUUGAAGCUCCGCCUGUUGCUGGCACAUUUGUUUGUAAUAUCGGUGAUAUGUUAGAAAGAAUGACAGCUGGGUUAUACAAGUCUACUCCUCAUCGAGUGAAAAGUCCAGCGGAGAGUCAGGACAGACUUUCAUUUCCGUUUUUCUUCGAUCCAAAUUUUCAUGGGGAAGUGAAGCCAAUUGAAUUGCUUGAAGGAAAUGAAAUUGUGGAUGAUAGUGCUUUACGAUGGGACAAUACUAAUGUGUUCGAAUUUAAGGGAACUUAUGGUGAAUAUUUGUUGGACAAGGUGUCCAAAGUUUUUCCACAGUUACGGGAAGAAGUUUUAUAAAUAAUUAGAAAAUAUGAAAUUUGACCGUGACAGUUGUACAUAGACUUGUAAGGAAUUAUCAUUCUUUUAAUAAAGACGAGAAUAAAAAAU